AUGGAUGGAUGGUCUCUGCUCAACCACAGUGACGUGUGCAGCUUGGUGGAGAACUGCACCCAAGUCACCCGGUUCCUCCUGCUGGGACUCACAGAGCCGGAAGGGCCCAAGGGCACCUUCUUUGUCCUCUUCCUGUUCAUCUAUGCAGUCACCCUCAUGGGAAACCUGGGCACGAUCAUCCUGAUCCACACAGACCCACAGCUCCACACGCCCAUGUACUUCUUCCUGAGCGUCCUUGCCUCCGUAGACUCCUCUUUCUCCACGACAAACACCCCCCAGUUGCUAGAGAGCUUCCUCACCUCAGGCCAGUCCAUCUCCUUCACAGGCUGUGUGGUCCAGAUGGCCCUCAUGACUCUCCAUGGUACUGCUGAGUCUCUACUCCUGGCCGUAAUGGCCUACGACCGAUUCACUGCCAUCUGCCACCCUCUCCUCUACCACACCAUUAUGUGUCAACGUCUGUAUGUCCAGCUGAUAGUGGCCACCUAUAUAGCUUCUGUUGCCAAUUCAGCUUUGCUAACUGAGUACAUCUUUAAGAUGCCCUACUGUGGCCCCAAUGUCAUUAAUCACUAUUUCUGUGACGUCCCUCCUGUGCUCCAACUUGCGAUGUCCUAUGCCUACAUCUUGGUGACUAUCUGCAGGAUACGUUCCAGGGAGGCUCAGAGCAAAGCGCUCUCCACCUGUGCCUCCCACCUCACCAUCAUCUGCCUCUUCUAUGGCACCAUCACCUUCAUGUAUGCUCAGCCAAGCUCCCGCACUUCCAUGGAGCAGAACAAGGUCGUGUCUGUCUUCUACACUGUGGUCGUCCCCAUGCUGAACCCUCUGAUUUACAGCCUAAGGAAUAAAGAUGUGAAGGCUGCUUUAAAGAGGAGAUACCUUGGCAAGCUGUCUUCCCAACCAAGCGUGGAGCACUCUAUCCGAAGCCAUAGCAUGGUGGUCAUCUGGGAACACGUGGUACCUGGUCCAGGUCUGGUUGUGGUGUCCAGCUGCCUCUGCACGUACAUGAGCUUCCUGAAUCAGGAGGAAUCACCCAGAGCUGGGGGUUUGGAAUCAGGGCUCAAUGAAAUCUGGUUGGAAAGCUACAGAAUAGACCUGUCCAAACCCCAACAGCUCUGCUCCCCAGCUGCAGACCCUGGAGACCGGGGUUCCUGCAAGAAAUUCAGAGGGAAGUGGGUGAAAAAGAGUAAUGACCUUGCAGAAUUAAUCAAGUUUCCAGAGUUUAGAGCAGGAAAGAAGAGGCAGGAAGGGACCCGGGACUCCCCAUCCUGCAGUAACCGAAAGUCCUGA